CCGAAUAUUUGCUGGGAACAGGAAGGAAAACCACCAAUUGGUAACUUCUUUCGUUGAGGCUUGAGGAUAUAGGCUACUUUAAGGAAGAGAAUGCUAAUAUCAAGAACUUUACAUCGGAUGAGGACCUCUGCUUAUCUGCCUCAAAGAUUUUUCUCUCAAAAGGAAUUACCCUCUCUUACGCUAUUUACCAAGGACCCAUGUCCAUUAUGUGAAGAAGCAAAAGAAGUCCUUGAACCAUUCAAACACAGGUACAUUUUUCAGCAGGUGGAUAUCAGCCUGCCGGAAAACAAAGUUUGGUAUGACAGAUACAAGUAUGACAUCCCGGUGUUCCAUCUUAAUGGGCAGUUUCUGAUGAUGCAUAGAGUCAAUACUUCUGUUUUGGAAAGACAGUUGGAGAAAGAAGAGGACAAACUGAGACAUUCAAUACAUGUAUGAAGUGUGUGUGUAUGGGGGGGAGGGGGGGGGGGGGGGUGUCAAGAUUAACUUACAUUUGUGUCAAGGUGGUUGUUCAUGAAGAGUUUUGUAAAACAUGAACUGAGUAUUGAGAAAUGCCUCUAACCAAUUGUACAAAUUAA